GCGCAGAGCGCGUCACUUCCGGCGCGACGCCGCUCCCGGUAGUGCCGCCGUCGCCAUGGCUGCCGCCGCCUGCCGCGUCUCCGUCUUCCCCUCCCCGCAGGAGCUGGGCCCGGCCUUGGCGCAACUGGUGGCCGAGCGGGCGGCGGCGGCAGCGACGGGGGGAGGCGGCGGCCGCUUCUCUCUGGGCCUCUCCGGAGGGAGCCUGGUAGGGAUCCUCUCCCGGGACUUGCCCCCCGCCGCCGUAGGCCCCGCCGCCCCGGCCGGUUGGCUGGUGGCUUUCUGCGACGAGAGGCUGGUGCCUCCCGAGCACCCCGAGAGCACCCUCGGGGCCUACAAGGCCCAGCUGCUGCCCCGGUUGCCCGGUCCCGGGCCGCGGGUGCUGGCUCUCACCCCCGGGCUGGCCCCCGCCGCCGCCGCAGAGGAUUACGCCGCCCAGCUCCGGCAGGCUUUCCCAGAUGAGGAUAUUCCCGUUUUCGAUUUGCUGGUGCUGGGGAUCGGGCCGGACGGACACACCUGCUCCCUCUUCCCGGGACACCCCCUGCUCCAGGAAAAAGAGAAAAUCGUUGCUGCUAUCACUGACUCCCCGAAACCGCCGCCAGAACGGAUCACAUUAACCCUCCCCGUGCUCAACGCCGCCCGGAUGGUCGUCUUCGUGGCCACGGGGGAAGGCAAAGCUGCUGUUUUAAAGCGCAUUUUGGAAGGGGAGGAGGAAAACCCCCUUCCUGCUGCUCGUGUGAGGCCUCACUCCGGGCAACUCCGCUGGUUCCUGGACGAGGCAGCGGCCAAAGAGCUGACAAUUCCCCUGGAGAAACAUUCCAUCUUGUAGGAGCCUCUGGUGACAUCAAAAUUCCCUCUUUCGGGACAUUCCAGGUGACAAACGCCACGUUUGUUCAUUAGCCCUCGGUGGUGGUGGCCCAGAAAACACACCUUUUGAUUAUUUUUUAUUUUUUUUCUCCUUUUCCCCCCAUUUUUCUUUUGAAUUCUGGAAAAAAGGGUGUUUUUCCCCAGCAGGAAUUCCCCCAGGGAAGAAUUCCUUCGCUUUGGGUCGGAACGGGUCGGGGUGAGGGCGCCGGGUGCUUCCCUUCGCUCCCGGUUACGCCGAAUUAAAACUGGAUGGAUUUGGGGUUUUCUGGUUCUUUUUGCCACGCUCUUCCCUGAGCGAGGGAUGGGAGGAGCCUGGAGGGGGAACAGACAGAUGGAUGGAUGGAUGGAUGGACGGACAGACGUGGGUCUGGAGCAGCUCCAGCUUCUCUCGCUGCGUUGUUGGAUUUGUCUGAUUUGAUCCUGAUUUGAUUGUGAUUUAUUUCUUGGCUUAAAAAUCCCCGUGGGUGGCUCCUGCCUGGUUUUUCUGUG